GCGGUUCCUCCUCCACGCGGAAGCCAUGAACAUACAGCAUCUGGUUUACAGCAAGAUCACUACCUUGAUUCCACCUGGAGAGCUGAUAAUGGCCUCACUGUAAGUGCUUUAUGAGAAGACUGUCAUUUUGCUUUGUACAGUGUGCGUAUGAGAGAUGCUUCGUGUCUUGGAAUACCACAUUUUCCUGCUUCUGUCCUUGUUCUCGGCCAUUGCAGCCUUGGACUCUGGAUAAUACCAUCAGUGCUGAGAACAGGGCUGUCAUCGAGAAAAUGUUACUGGAAGAAGAAUAUUAUAUGUCCAAUAAAUCACUUCCAGACAAUUUCUGGCUUGAUCAUAAGGAAAGUAAUAAAAAGUGCAUGAAAAGUCCACAAAAAUCAGGAAAACUCAGGAUUCAGUCACCUACAAAGCCAGCCAGUCCCUCAGUCAAGUGGACGGAGGGAGAAAAAGAGCUAUUUGAGCAAGGCCUGGCCAAGUUUGGCCGGAGGUGGACCAAAAUUGCAAAACUAAUAGGAAGCCGAAAUGUUUUACAAGUCAGAAGUUACGCCAGACAGUACUUAAAGAAGAAGACAAAAUUAGAUGGCCUGGGAAAAGGCGUGCCCAAGCUAAAGAGCAGCAGUCACCUUGAGCCCCCAGAUGCCUCAUUGGGCCCACCAGGGCACGCUGACCCUAGGCUGAACGCUGUGAGAAUUGAGGCAUUGUCCGAUGACGAAGAAGUGGACGUCACUGAUGAGUCAGAUGAAUGUUUUCACAUCCCCCCAAGGAGCCCCAGCAGUCUUCUUUUAUUUGAUGUUCCCAAUAAUACAGACCAUAAAGCGGACCCCCAAGGGUUCCUUUCUCCUGCGGGACAAGACCAGGCUGUUUCUGCAACUCCCAGGGGGGACCUUCACAGCACCUCGCAAGGGCAGAGGGAGGGGCUCUCUGCCUCGGGAGUUGCUUCCCGGGUGCAGAAGUCCAGCUGCAAUGGUGGAAGAUGUGACCGGGUGGACGACGAUCAGACGUCUAAUCCCGGGGGUGGGGUGGAAGGAAGCACCACGUUGGGGGACGGCGAUCAGGGAACUGGCCCGGAGCUUGGCCGAGGGCCAAAGGACGUCCUCGAUCGUGAGAUGCUUUUCCACCCCUCCUGCCAAGUGGAUGAGGAGAGCCCAGAAGAGGGGGAGCCACUCAGAGCGCCCGAGCAGGAGGCGGAAGUCAACAGAGACAGCAUUCAGGAGGAGGAGAAGCAGGCCAUCCCUGAGUUUUUUGAGGGCCGUCAGGCCAAGACACCAGAACGCUAUUUGAAGAUUAGGAAUUACAUUUUGGAUCAGUGGGAAAAAUGCAAACCGAAAUAUUUGAAUAAGACCUCGGUGCGUCCAGGCCUGAAGAACUGUGGCGAUGUUAACUGCAUUGGACGGAUACACACAUACCUGGAAUUAAUAGGAGCAAUCAAUUUUGGAUGUGAGCAGGCCGUGUAUAACAGACCACAGGCCUCAGACAAGACACGGGUCAGAGACGGCAGAGAUGCAGAGGAAGCAUACCAGCUAGCCCAGCGGCUGCAGUCGAUGCGAGCACGCAGGCGGCGCGUGCGAGACCCAUGGGGGAACUGGUGUGAUGCCCGAGAUUUGGAAGGCCAGACGUUUGAGCAUCUCUCCGCUGAGGAGUUAGCCAGAAGGAGCGAGGAAGAAAAAAACAAACCCACCAAAGUUCCCAGGGCUCCCAGGCUCCCCAAAAGCUCCCUUGACCCAUUCCAGCUGAUUCCGUGCAGUCUCUUCAGCGAAGCGAAGCAGGAGCCAUUUCAGGUGCGAGUGGCUUCCGAAGCACUUUUAAUAAUGGAUUUGCAUGCUCAUGUUUCCAUGGCAGAAGUGAUUGGUCUCUUAGGAGGAAGAUAUUUGGAAGCUGAGAAGGUAAUUGAGGUCUGUGCAGCUGAGCCCUGUAACAGUCUGAGCACAGGAUUGCAAUGCGAGAUGGACCCUGUAUCCCAAACCCAAGCAUCAGAGACCUUGGCCGGCCGAGGGUAUAGCGUCAUUGGCUGGUACCACUCUCAUCCUGCCUUUGAUCCGAACCCUUCGCUUCGAGAUAUCGACACCCAGGCCAAAUACCAGAGUUAUUUCUCCAGAGGUGGAGCAAUGUUCAUUGGGAUGAUCAUUAGCCCAUAUAAUCGAAACAAUCCUUUACCAUAUUCCCAAAUUACCUGCCUGGUUAUAAGUGAUGAAAUUAGUUCAAAUGGUUCUUACCGUGUGCCUUACAAAUUCGAAGUACAGCAGAUGUUAGGAGAGCCUCGAUGGGAACUGGUGUUUGAAAAAACAAGGUGGAUGAUUGAAAAAUACCGGCUGUCCCUGAGCAGUGUCCCUAUGGAUAAAAUCUUUCACCGGGAGUCUGACCUGACUUGUUUGCAGAAACUCUUGGCGUGUCUAAAGAAGACUUUGGGCAAAGUGACCAACUGCCAUGUUGCUGAGGAAUUCUUGAUUCAGAUAGAGAAGUUGUUCCUUUCCUGUUACAGCAGCAAACCAGCGAAGGGCACAGCAGGAGAGGGCUGCCCCGUGGGCCCACCGCAGCUGUCACUGUGAUCGUUUUAUAACGGGACGUUCUCAUUUUCAAGGUGAAAUGGCAUUUGUGAAAAUCCACCUGCAAAGUUUUACAAUUACCCUAUCUACUGUUGUGGCAGCAACGGCGGCUGUACCACCACUGUUUUAUCUAGUCAAGACCUCCAGAUUGCAGCAUGCAAAUCAGUCACAUAAGCUCACGUGCAGUCAGAGCGCUUGGGGCUCUCACCUAGAGGACACUCACCAAAGGGUGGCUGAAAGGUGUGUCUGGCCAGCGAGGCUGGUGCUGUGGGAAGAUCUUCACUGUUUUCCCCCAGCCGCCAUCGUUCUUUCCAUUCGAUCUCAUGAAGUUUUUGUUUGUGUGUUUAUUUUGUUCCCAGAAAGGAAGGGGGGGCAGGUAGGUGGUAGGAUGGAAGAUAGAUGGGCAGCAGAUAAAAGCCCUUCUGCAUAAGGGUGUGGAACGCACGCGUACGCGUGUGUGUGUGUGUGUGCGCGCGUGUGCGCAUGCGAGUGCCUUUUUCGCCUUAGAGACUGAAAGAAAUCCAGAGCCAAAGGUCUAGUCCACGUGUAGCCGCUUGCUGUUAGAAUAAAGGGAAAACUGAGGAGCGUCGAGUCAAGCUGGUCCCUUGGCUGCAGAAGACUCUCCACGUUCAUGAUUUCACCUUCAUUAAAAAUCUUUUUACUGUGGGCUGUGUCACUUAGCAACCUUAAGACCUUUUCCCUGUUGCUUCUAAGCCAGAGGCAAAAGACCAAAGAGGGUACUGAGGUCUGGAAUUCCAUGAUUUCUUUUUGCUUGGUUUUAUUUGAAUUCCAGGGUCCGUUCUAAGGUCCGUCAGUGUUUGGGAAAGACUCUCCUCAUCUGCGGUGGGGAUUGAUCACCCAUCUAAAGGAAAAUCCCUGCAAGGCACUCAAUCGGAUGAACCAAUUAUAAUAUUUACCAAGGCAUAAAUUCUGAUUAGUUAAUUGAUUGAAAUGAGGGCAUUCUGUUUAAUCCUCAGUUGCAAAGAAAAUUUGAUUAAUUCCACUCCUCCUGGCCUCCUUUCUCCUCCCCAGCAUCCUAAUUAAUAAUCAAUCAACAAGUAUUUACCAGGUGCCGUGCUAGGUAUUCUGGCUUCACAUGUGAUUGUGACAUAGUAACUGCCCUGUAUUUUUUAGGGGACCGUGGCAUGUUUAAUGAUAACAUAUGAGAAGUGAACAAUUAAGCCUGGGGGAGAUCGGAAUGUAGAGUGUGUGAGGGGUAGUGAUGUGCAAUCAGCCUUGAAGGGUAGACUGGAUCAGAUGGUGAAGGCAUUAAAGCCCAAUGAAGGCGUUUGUUUUGUCCUGAGGUCAGUAGGGGAGCCCCUGAAGCUUCUCGAUCAGAGGAGUGACCUGAUCAUAUCCCUGCUUCAGGAGUAUGACUUUGGCAGCAACAUGGAAGAUGUGUUAGUUAGUGAGGGGAGAGAUUGGCAGCAUACAGGGAGACCCUGGAGGAGAUUGUACUGCCCACAUAAGAGAGGAUGAGAGCCUGGGCUGGGCCAUGAAUAGAGCUACGUAAUUGAGGGUUUUUCCCUAAACUUGAUUCUGGUAACAUGGAAUUGAGCUUAUUCUUGACAGUGCAAUAUGCAAACUCACCAAAUUGGGGCACAUCACCACCUUUCUGGGCCUCAGUUUCUUUCCCCAUACAGUGAGGGGUUUGGAUUAGAAGCUCUCUAAGGGCCUAAAGCAGUAACAUCUACUCUAACUUACCAGUAUGUUGUGAAGUAGUACCAGGACAGUUUUUAAAUGGAAUGUGUCCUAUUCCCCAUCUUCCCCCCUACCCUCCAAAAAAAUCACUGCAGGACCAUAAGGCGUUGCACCAGUGAAUCAGUGAGCAGAUGAAACUUGUAGAUCGUGUAUGUCCCAAAGCCGUGGGACUGACCUAGACUGUCCCCUCUGUGUGGAAGGUUAUAGCUGGCUGUGAGGUCAUCAGGGAAGGUCUGUCCUCUUCUCAUGGCUGUGACCCUUCCAGUUCUGUUUUAGAAAACAAGAGAAAGGCCUAACUGGGCAUUUUUAGGCAGCUGCUCUCUCAGAUAGACUUCCUUGCCUGAUAAAGCUCUCGUUUCAUGAAUAAUAUCUACAGGCCUACUGGUGGGGCAGUGUGUUUCAACUAUGCAGUUAACUAAAAUGAAUUUAGAGCUUACUGAAUUGUGUGUGAUGUAGAAGCUUUCUUUGUCAUCCUGUGUGUAUCGCAUGGUUGUUGAUUCUUCUGCCACUCCUUUCCCAAAUGCUCUCAGCAUCCUCAAAAAGGAGACCUCCAUUCAGGCCACUCAUUUUAUACACAGAGCAAAGCUGUGCUGUGCAGACCUGUACUGUAUGUAGACAGCAUCUAUUGGUAGAAAUAUGCAAGGUCAUCAACAGGAUGAGCGGACUUCCUGUCCUUUGUAACCUACUGUAUAAUAUACUAAAGACUCAGUGAUGUCCCUGGUGGGUUGCCUUGUUCAAGAGAUGAAAGGAAAAUCUCCCUAAAGAUGGAAGAUGAAUAAAAAGAUGGAAAACCAAA